AGUUGCUGUCAGUAAUUGUCAAUACACCGUUAUUAUUAUAUGCAUUUUUAUCUUUUCCCGUCUUCUUUUUCUAUUAUCAUUUAUUAUUAUUAUUAUUGCUUAAGAAAAAAGUAUUUGUACUAAGCGAAUAUCAAUAUAUAUGUAUAUAUUUGUGUAAUUCACUGAAAUAAUUUUGUGGCUAAAACAACUUAGUGUUUUCAUGAUGAUGGCAGGAAAAGGUAUAACAGUAAUGCCUGAAACUGAGGAUCAGAAUAGAAUAAGAUUUCAAGUUGAGCUUGAAUUUGUACAAUGCUUGGCCAAUCCCAAUUACAUACAUUUUCUAGCACAACGUGGUUAUCUAAAGGAACAGACUUUUGUGAACUAUAUACGCUACUUACAGUACUGGCGUGAACCAGAGUACGCACGGUAUCUUAAGUAUCCUAUGUGUUUACAUUUUCUAGAGUUGUUACAGCACGAAGCUUUUAGAAGAGAAUGUGUUUCAGCACAGGUAUGCAAGUUCAUGGACGACCAGGCAAUCUUACUAUGGCAGCAUUACACGCGACGGCGUACGCGCACGCUGCAGCCGCCGGACGCGCCUGCGCCCCCAGCGCCUCCCGCGCCACCCGCUCAGUUACCCUCGCGGCACCAAUCAUAAAGUCAAUAUUUUGUAAAACAUGAGACAAGUUGAUGUUGAUCUGGUACUGCCAAUAUAUAAAAUUUUGAAUCGAUACAGUAUUGUCCUAGUGACAGUGUUGUUUUGAAUAUUAUUGUUGUAUAUUUUAAUUCAGUGUGUUACUGGUAUUAAGGAUUAUUAGUCACAGGGAUUAGGAGCACUAUUGUUAAAUGCCCUGUUAGGGGUUACUCACACUUAUUCAGCUCCAUUCGCGUUUCGCUGAACGAUUUUGGUCACACUUAACAGCUCUGCUUCUAUCAGCCGCGUAAAGCGUCGUAAGAAUGAGAAAAGCCGUCAUAGCGUACUAUCUCCGCUGAAACGAUAAGCUAUUGCAUACGACGUUGAAUAUGCUGCAUUUCGUAAAAAUAAAAUAAUUGUAAUUACUAUAAAAUACGUCUGCACUCUUUAAUCCUUGCGUAUAUAAUGAUUACGCAAUAAUAAAUCAAAUCAA